AUAUUUUUAGUUGAUGGACACACACUAUGACUUUUAGACUUCAUGAUUACCUUUGUUUUGUGAUAUUCAUACUUACUGUUGGAAAACUGCAAGGUAUAUCACAGGUACCAGUGAUAGAGGGUGUUGUUACAUCCCAAGAUGGCCGACAGGAAGUUCAUGGCUAUGAGGGUAGAAGUUUAACUGUAACAUGUACAUCUGAGCUGGAUAAAUUAACAUUGAUGUAUAAUAAUACCUUCUACAAUGAAACAACGCUGAAUAAUGGAAGUUACUCAGUAAACUUCACAAUCAUGGCUGUGCGAGGGGAUGACGGACAGAACAUUACUUGUCAGUCAGUUAACUCAACAGAUGGAGGAGAGUAUGAGUCCUGGGCUGUCAUAUAUUUGAGUUUAAAACCAACUGACUAUAGAUUAGAAGGUGUAUUUACAGUAGAAGAAAAUGAAACUGUUACUUACACAUGCACGUCCAUAGGAAGUCGUCCUGCACCUGAAUUGAUCCGGCUAUGGGUUUAUUUCUAUAAUAUUAAUGAAACUUUCAAUGUUCUGUAUGACAACAUAACAGAUACUUAUACAAAAUCUGUGGCAGUGAAUAGAAUGAUCGAUAGAGGAUACAAUGGGUUGCCUGUAUCUUGUGUAGUAAUGACAAAUUUCUAUAAUAAAUUUGAUAUCGAAAGACAUUUAGAUGUACAUUAUGGUCCUGACAUUGACAAUGUUCAACUGACUGGAGGUACUUCUGGUGAUGAAGGAUAUACAGAAACCUAUAAAUGCAGCACUGGAUAUACUAACCCCAAUGCAACAAUUCAUUGGUUUAAUGGCUCAGAAGAAGUUUUUCCACCACUGCCACCAAAUGUUGUGGAAUAUAACAUAACUGUGGGAAAUAUUAAUACAGGGAAAUAUUUCAGUUCCUCCCAAGAAUGGAAGAUUACAUUCAGUAGAUACCACAAGGGUACAGUUAUUAAGUGUGUUGUUUUCGGUACAAACAAUAGAUCUGUCACAGUUACAAAGACGAUAUCAGAUAUAUAUUACAAACCAGAGUUAGAGAUAACAGGGCACCAGUUGAUAGAUAAUGUAACAGGACACUAUAUCAUUAAUGAAGGAGAAACACUAAAUCUGACGUGUAGAUUGUUAGGAGCUAAUCCAAUGACUACAGUUGAGUUUAUAAGUGAACCUUGA